ACCGCCGCCUCCCCUCCCAUCGUUAACACGUACGCCGCGGCCUAACACACCCGCGCGCUAGCUAGUGUCAUCCACACUCUAGCUUCUAGCAGUCCGGAGGCCGGCGGCAAAAGCAAAGCAAAGCAAGCAGCUUGGUAGCGAUGGCGUCCACCUCCUGCUUCCUCCACCAGUCCACCGCCCGCCUCGGCGCGUCGCCGCGCGUCGCGGCCGCGCCACGCAGCGCCCAGCUGUUCGUCUGCAAGGCCCAGCAGAAGCAGCAGCAGGACGCCGCCGCCGUGGAUCAGAGCGACGUCUCUCGCCGCGCCGCGCUCGCGCUCUUCGCCGGCGUCGCCGCCGUCGGCGCCAAGGUCAGCCCCGCCGCCGCCGCCUACGGAGAAGCAGCCAACGUGUUCGGCAAGCCCAAGACGAACACGGAGUACAUCGCGUACAACGGCGACGGGUUCAAGCUGCUGAUCCCGUCCAAGUGGAACCCCAGCAAGGAGCGGGAGUUCCCGGGGCAGGUGCUCCGCUACGAGGACAACUUCGACGCCAACAGCAACGUCUCCGUCAUCAUCCAGCCCACCUCCAAGAAGACCAUCACCGAGUACGGCUCCCCCGAGGAGUUCCUCUCCCAGGUCGACUUCCUCCUCGGCAAGCAGGCCUUCGGCGGCAGCACCGACUCCGAGGGUGGAUUCGAGACCGGCGCGGUGGCCACGGCCAACGUGCUGGAGAGCUCCACGCCCGUGGUGGACGGCAAGCAGUACUACAGCGUCUCCGUGCUGACAAGGACGGCGGACGGCGACGAGGGCGGCAAGCACCAGCUCAUCACGGCCACCGUCUCCGACGGCAAGCUCUACAUCUGCAAGGCGCAGGCCGGCGACAAGAGGUGGUUCAAGGGCGCCAGGAAGGGCGUCGAGAAGGCCGCCGCCUCCUUCAGCGUCGCAUAAUAAUGAAAUUGUGCUGCAUCGGCCGGGAUUAUUAUUUCUUUGAUGGUUUGGCUUCAUCAGGGGAUGCACAACGUAGAGAGCAUGCUUGUGUAUGUGUUCCUUUGAUUGUACAUGAGAACAACAAAGACUAAGGAGAGCUCCAUUUCCAUGCAUGCAAGGAUCCAUCGAUUUUCUUCAGUCA